AUGAAUACUAAUAAUUACCUCAUAACUAGUUACAUCUUGUUUAUUAGGUUCAAGUUUCAUUUUAUUUUUCAAUGGGUAAAAUGGAAUGAAAUUUGGAGUGUUUUAACAUUAACUAAGGAAACAAGGUUACUGGAUCAAGAUGUCUGCAGUAAUAAUAAUAAUAAUAAUAAUAAUAAUAAUAAUAAUAAUAAUAAUAAUAAUAAUAAUAAUAGUAAUAAUAAUAUUGAUCAACUAACCGAAGAUUUAAUUAUUGUGUAUCUUUAUAGAUGA